AUGUCGGAAAAAGAAGAUAAUAUUAUUAUUUCCGUUGGAAGUAAGGCUGAUGUUGGAAAUGUGCACAAUGUAGGUUCGAUUCGUACUGUAACGUCUAGAACUGGUGCUGGUGAAGUUAAUUAUAUUAAUGCUCAAACUGCUCAUGGCGAUGAAGCCUUGCUAGCAGAAAUCGGUUAUAAGCAGGAAUUGAAGAGACAGUUUAGUACUUUACAAGUCUUUGGUAUUGCGUUUUCUAUCAUGGGGUUGCUACCCUCUAUUGCCACAGUUAUGGGUGGUGGUUUAACUGGUGGUCCAGUUACGCUAGUAUGGGGUUGGUUUAUUUCCGGUUUAUGUAUUUUAACCAUUGGUAUAUCGUUAGCUCAAUCUGCUUCCGCCUGUCCAACCGCAGGUGGCUUGUUUUAUUGGACUUAUUUGUACACACCACCUAAAUACAAGGUUGUUUUAUCAUUUAUUAUUGGCUGGGCCAAUUCAUUAGCUUUGAUUGCAGGUGUUUGUUCGAUUUCAUAUGGUUUUGCAGAAGAGGUCUUGGCCGCCGUUGUCAUUCAAAAAGAUGGGAAUUUUGAUGUAACUAAUGGUAAGACUUAUGGUGUUUUUGCUGCUGCAGUUAUCGGUAUGACUCUAUCUACUUGUCUUGCCUCUACAGCUGUCUCUAGACUACAGACUUUUUCCAUUAUAGCCAAUUGUUUUAUUAUUAUCUUAUUGUUCAUUGCUUUACCUAUUGGUACUAAAAUAAACAGAGGCGGGUUCAAUAACGGUAAAUUUAUCUUUGGCACUUUUGAAAAUUUUGCUGACUGGAACAAUGGAUGGCAGUUUUGUUUACAAGGUUUUAUGCCUGCUUGUUGGACCAUUGGUGCUUUUGAUUCCUGUGUCCAUCAAAGUGAGGAAGCCAAGGAUGCUAGUAAAGCUGUGCCUAUUGGUAUCAUAGGCUCCAUUACUGCAUGUUGGUUAUUAGGUUGGUUAAUUUGUAUCUGUUUAAUGGCCUGUGUUGAUCCGGACUUGGAAAGAAUUAUUGACAGUGAAUAUGGGUUUGCACUAGCUCAAAUUGUUUAUGAUUCUUUAGGUAAAAACUGGGCCAUUGCAUUUAUGUCCUUGAUUGCCUUUUGUCAAUUUUUAAUGGGUGCUUCUAUCAUGACUGCUGUUUCGAGACAAGUCUAUGCCUUUGCCAGAGAUAAUGGUUUGAUUUUUUCCAGAUAUAUUAAAAUGGUUCAUGCCAAAAUGUCCGUUCCAAUAAAUGCCGUCCUUGCUUGCUGUGCAGGUGCUUUGGCUCUAGGAUGUUUGUGUUUGAUCGAUACAGCAGCUGCUAAUGCUUUGUUUAGUUUGGGUAUUGCUUGUAAUUAUUUUUCCUGGGCAAUUACCAGUUCUUUAAGAAAUACAUGUGGUAGAGAUAUUUUUAAACCAGGUCCAUUUUAUUUGGGCAAAUUUUGGGGACCAGCAGUUGACUGGUUCAGUGUUGCUUUUCAAUGGUUUAUUAUCAUUUUAGUUAUGUUCCCUGCCACUCAACAUGGUAUUACAAAGGAUAGUAUGAAUUAUGCUUGUGUUAUCGGCCCUGGUGUGUGUAUAUUGGCCUGGGUCUAUUACAUAGUGUACCAAAAGAAAUUUUAUAAGGGUCCUGCUUCGAACUUAAGCGAUGAAGAAUAUAUCGAUAAGGUUGGUACUGAGGUCAUUGAUGAAAUAAUGUCGAGAGAUGCCAAAGAUCAAUGA